AUGAAGUUCCUCUCCGUUGUCGCGGGCCUCAGCGCCCUGGCUGCCGCCGCCCCCGCCGAGCUCGACACCCGUGCCUCGUGCACCUUCACCGACGCCAAGACGGCCAUGUCCAAGAAGGCCUCCUGCACCGACAUCGUCCUCAACGGCAUCAAGGUCCCCGCCGGCGAGACGCUCGACCUCACCGGCCUCAAGGACGGAACUAAGGUCACCUUCAAGGGCACCACUACCUUCGGCUACAAGGAGUGGGAGGGCCCCCUCAUCGCCAUCGGCGGUAAGAAGGUCAGCGUUGUCGGUGCUUCCGGCAACUCUAUCUCCUGCCAGGGUGAGCGCUGGUGGGACGGCAAGGGAGGCAACGGUGGCAAGAAGAAGCCCAAGUUCUUCAAGGUCAAGAUCAACGACGGUUCCAUCUCUGGCCUGAACGUCAAGAACACCCCUGCCCACGGAUUCUCCAUCAGCGGCGUUUCCGGCCUCAAGGUCUCCAACAUCCUUUUCGACAACAAGGAUGGUGACUCCAAGGGUGGUCACAACACCGAUGCCUUCGAUGUCGGUUCGUCUUCUGACGUGACCAUCUCCGGCGCCAAGGUUUACAACCAGGACGACUGCCUGGCUAUCAACUCUGGCACUGGUAUCACUUUCGAGAACGGAUACUGCUACGGCUCCCACGGCCUGUCCAUCGGCUCCGUUGGUGGACGUACCGACAACACCGUCCAGAACGUCAUCAUCCGUGACUCCACCAUCGAGAAGGCCGACAACGGUAUCCGCAUCAAGACCAUUGCCAACAAGACUGGCAAGGUCAACGGCAUCACCUUCGAGAACAUCACUCUCAAGAACAUCAACAAGAAGGGCAUUGUCAUCCAGCAGGAUUACGAGAACGGCAGCCCUACCGGCAAGCCUACCGCCGGUAUCCCCAUCACCGAUGUCACCGUUAAGAACGUCAAGGGUACCGUCGCCGCCAAGGGCACCAACGUGUACAUCCUUUGCGCUAAGGGUGCCUGCUCCAACUGGAAGUGGUCUGGUGUCUCCGUUACCGGUGGCAAGUCCUCUUCCGAGUGCUCUGGCAUUCCUUCUGGCUCCGGCGCCAAGUGCUAA